AGUAGUUGCCGGCACGCCCCCCACCCCACAAAUCGCCUCCUAUAAAUAUCGCCACCGCUCCCUUCUUCCCCCCAUACUCUAUGUGAUCUCUCUCGUGCUUUCCUAGUUCGCCGGGUUUCGAAGCCUUUCUUCAAUCUAAAUUCUUGUCCACUUUCGCUUUAUUGAGCUUGGUGGAUCGGCUCCAAUGGCUCAGACGACGCAACACCUGAAAGAAGCUCAAACUUUGUAUUCUCUCCUGAUCUGUUCGUCCUCCGUCUUUAUUUGAUCCCCCCAGCUCUCGCGAUCUAGGGUUUCUGGGAGAUCUCCGCCGGAUUUCGAGCUAGGGUUUUGAUUUGAUCUCAUCGGUCGAAGGAAGAUGCCGUGCGUGGACGCGACAGAUCUGGCGUCGGCGGAUAAGGACGCCGAGCCGUUCGAGGAGUUGGACCCGACGAGGAGGUACGGGCGGUACGGGGACCUUCUUGGUGCCGGGGCGGUGAAGAAGGUCUACAGGGCGUUCGACCAGGAGGAGGGGAUCGAGGUGGCGUGGAACCAAGUGCUGUUCGGGAGCUUCAGCGGGGACCGGGCGAUGAUGGAUCGGCUGUUCGCCGAGGUCCGGCUCCUCCGGGAGCUCCGGCACGAGAACAUCAUCGCGCUGUACCGGGUGUGGAUGGACUCCGAGAACAGCACGCUUAACUUCAUCACCGAGGUCUGCACCUCCGGCAACCUUCGCGAGUACCGGAAGCGCCACCGCCACGUCUCCCUCAAGGCUCUCAAGAAGUGGUCCCGCCAGAUCCUCAUCGGCCUCGACUACCUCCACAACCACGACCCCUGCAUCAUCCACCGCGACCUCAACUGCAGCAACGUCUUCAUCAACGGCAACAUCGGCCAGGUGAAGAUAGGGGACCUGGGGCUAGCGGCGAUCGUGGGAAAGAGCCACGCGGCGCACUCGAUCCUGGGGACGCCGGAGUUCAUGGCGCCGGAGCUCUACGAGGAGGAGUACACGGAGCUGGUGGACAUCUACUCGUUCGGGAUGUGCGUUCUGGAGAUGGUAACGCUGGAGAUACCUUACAGCGAGUGCGACAGCAUCGCCAAGAUCUACCGCAAGGUUAUGGCCGGAGUGCGCCCGGCGGCCUUGGGCAAGGUCCGCGACCCCGAGGUCCGGGCCUUUAUUGAGCGCUGCCUCGCCCAGCCCCGCGCCCGGCCGUCUGCCUCCGAGCUCCUCAAGGACCCUUUCUUCAGUGGUCUCGAUGAUGACGAAAACUCGCCUCCCCCGAGCUUGGCAGCCACCGAGCACUGCCACCCUCUGUCGGCGCCGGACAUCUCCGGCCUCCGGCUGGAUUGAAGGGAAUGCAUGAAUUUGGGGCUGGCUUCUUCGCUGACAACCUUACCGACUGUUCUGCUCUGAUGGGUUCUUUGGUCUAUAUUUCCUGAGCGCAGGAAGAAAAGGGCAUCGCUGGAAGAAGAAAGUGUAUAUUGAAACGUCUUUGUAGUUGUUUUUUUUUUUUUGAACUUCUUUGUGGUGCUUUGGAGGAUGAAUCGUUGCAACAAAUGUUUUGUUUUUUUA